AUGACCGUGUCAACAUGGCAAGAAAAAGUCGCCGCCAAACAGGCCGAGGCCUGGGCUAAAAUACCCUCCGAAUGGCGAUUGUCUGCAGACAUUCUGCAGCAAGUGGAAAGUGAGAAACUCGAUAUUCUCGACGUCCCUGCAAAGUGCGGUAUUCUUAGCAAUCAGGAGCUCAAGAUCACUGAGCUACCAGAUGCAACUGCACUCCGAGAUAAGCUUGCUGCCGGCGAACUCAGUGCUGUCGAGGUGACCACGGCUUUCUGCAAACGCGCUGCUGUUGCACAGCAGUUGACAUCCUGCUUGACGGAGACAAUGUUCCCCCAGGCGCUAGAAAGAGCAAGAGAGUUGGAUGAGCACCUCAAGAAGACUGGAGUGACAAUCGGCCCUCUCCAUGGUGUUCCGGUCAGCCUGAAAGAGACCUUUAAUGUCCAGGGUGUCCCAACGUCCCUGGGAUUCGCAUCCUUCUUGGAUCGUCCGCCUGUCAGCCAGAAUUCAGCCUUGGUAGACAUCCUCUUGAAAGCUGGAGCGGUUCUGUACGUCAAGACCAACGUUCCGCAGACCAUGAUGACAGCCGAUUCGCACAACAACGUGUUCGGUCGCGUCUUGAACCCCCACCGUCGUAACCUCACGGCAGGUGGCAGCAGUGGAGGCGAAGGCGCUCUGAUAGCCAUGCGCGGAUCUCUCCUAGGAAUUGGCACUGAUAUUGCUGGUUCGAUUCGCAUCCCGGCUGUGUGCUGUGGCACUGUGGGUUUUAAGCCUAGUGUUGGUCGUGUGCCAUAUGGCGGGCAGACAAGUGCUGGCCGCCCAGGUAUGACCGGCAUUGCCCCUGUUGCCGGGCCGCUGUGCCACUCAAUGCGCGAUGCAGUGAUGCUCUUGCGAGUAGUCUUUAAUGCCCCGAGUGAUGACAUGGAUGAUACGGCCCUAGGAUUCCCCUGGAUCGAGCCGAGCCAAGGCGCUUCAAAGAAGCUCAAGAUCGGAGUCCUACCAGAGGAUGCACAGGUACCAUUACACCCAAACAUGCAACGAAGCUUAACCAAGGCUGUGGAAAAGCUCAGCAAUGCUGGUCAUCAAAUCGUGGAUCUUUCCGAACAAAUCAAAUUCAUAGCAGCUGCGGCGGACGUCUCGUUCCGCUUCUUCCGUGUCGAUCCCGAUCAGACACAGUUGCAACACAUCCGGAAUUCGGGCGAGCCAUUUAUCCCGUCACUUCGAUUCACGUACGAUAUCGAAGCAAAGGGCCCUGAGCCGACCCUUCGUGACUUGUUUGAUUUGAAUGUUGCAAAGGCCGAAUACGCGGCCAAGAUGCGUCUCGUAUUCCUCGAAAAUGACCUCGAUGUGAUUAUUGGGCCCGGGUAUCAAGCGACUGCUGUACCUCAUGAUACAUUUGGGGUUCCUAAUUAUACAGUGCUUGCCAAUUUAGUUGAUUAUCCCGCAUGUGUGAUCCCUUUCGGCCAGUCAUCCAAGGCUGAUGACGCUGCGUUUGUGCGCAACGUCAAUUAUGUUCCACCGUACGUUCCCGAAAAUGUCGAGGGCGCUCCAUGCCACGUGCAACUGAUUGGCCGUCGACAGAAGGAUGAAGUCCUAAUGCAACAUGCGCUGAUUGUGGAGGAUGUUUUGCGCAAGUGA